AUGGAGAGGCGACCUGUGAACGAUGGGGAGAGGAAGAAACGAGGAGAGAAGCGAGAGGAGGAGAAGACAACGACGAGGAAGAAGGACGCCACGAACAAGAAGACAGAGAAGAACAAGACGGGCGCUCAGGCGGCAAAUGCAGGGACAGCGAGGAGGCUCCAGUCGAUGAAAAAAAACCACAAGAAAAAAAGGAAAGCACACAAAGAAGCAGGAGCCGCGCUUUAUGUCGAGAGACCCGCAAAAGGUUGCGAAGGCGUCGUCCACUCUUCAGGCGAGACGAAGCAGAAGACGGAGAGACAGGAAGAGACGAACGAAAGAGCGGAUGUUCCCGCUGCCGCACUCCAGCGAGCGUUUGUGGGUGGAAAGAAGCCUCGAGACUUGUAG